GUUAGAUAUCAGCCUACUGUAGAUGUUUGACUGCAUAAUAAUAUCAUUAUGUAAAGCAAAUUUCGACAGAAGAAAAUAAAUUUAAAAUGGCACGACUUUUCAGAAAUUUUCGCUUUGUAUUACAGGUUGUGAACAGCACAUCACAUACAACUAAGAGAUAUUUGCAGGCGAACGUGACUGACAAUGCUCAGAAAGUUGCAGUUGCAGUUAAACAUCCUGAUACAUUUGAGACCAGGAAGGACAUGCCACCAGAAGAUAUGAGACCGCUGUAUAUGGAUACUCAGUCAACCACACCAUUGGAUCCUAGAGUAUUGGAUGCAAUGUUACCGUACUUUGUUGGUUCUUAUGGUAAUCCACAUUCCAGAACUCAUGCCUAUGGCUGGGAAAGUGAAGCAGCUGUAGAAAAAGCCAGAAAACAAAUAGCUGACCUUAUAGGAGCUGAUCCAAGGGAAGUAAUUUUCACAAGUGGUGCAACAGAAUCAAAUAACAUAGCUGUUAAAGGAACGGCUAGAUUUUAUAAGUCAAAGAAAAACCAUGUUAUAACAACACAAACUGAACAUAAAUGUGUUUUGGAUUCUUGUCGAGCUUUAGAGGCAGAAGGUUUCAGAGUAACUUACUUACCUGUCCAACCAAAUGGAAUUAUUGAUCUAAAGUUAUUAGAAGAAUCAAUGACAGAUGAAACAGUAUUAGUCUCUAUAAUGACUGUUAACAAUGAAAUUGGGGUCAGACAACCAGUCAAUGAAAUAGGUAAACUCUGCAGAUCCAAGAAAAUAUUCUUCCAUACAGAUGCUGCUCAGGCCAUAGGGAAAAUUCCUAUGAAUGUUAAUGACAUGAAUAUUGACCUCAUGUCAAUCAGUGGUCACAAAAUAUAUGGCCCAAAAGGAGUUGGAGCUUUAUAUAUUAGAAGACGUCCAAGAGUUAGAGUUGAGGCACUACAGAGUGGUGGAGGACAGGAGAGGGGUAUGAGGAGUGGUACUGUCCCCACCCCUCUCUGUGUAGGAAUGGGGUCAGCCUGUGCUGUGGCAAUGGAAGAGAUGGAGUAUGAUCAUAAGAGAACAGUAGAAUUAUCAAACAGACUAUUACACAAGGUACAAGAUGCUAUUCCACAGGUCAUCAGAAAUGGUGACCCAGAUAUGACUUAUCCAGGCUGCAUAAAUCUGUCCUUUGCUUAUGUGGAAGGAGAAAGUUUGUUAAUGGCACUUAAAGAUAUUGCUCUAUCUUCAGGAAGUGCCUGUACAUCAGCUUCAUUAGAACCUUCCUAUGUGUUACGUGCUGUUGGGGCUGAUGAUGACCUAGCUCACUCGUCAAUCAGAUUUGGUAUUGGAAGAUUUACAACAGAAGAAGAAAUAGAUUAUACAGCUGAACUGACAGUCAAACAUGUAACAAGACUCAGAGAAAUGAGUCCUUUAUGGGAAAUGGUACAGGAAGGUAUAGACAUCAAACAAAUCAAAUGGUCACAACACUGAGAAGAGAAAUCACAUGAUAGACAUGUGAACACAACAUGUGACUUUCAUAAUCAUGGCAACAUGCUUCAAUGGAUCAAGACAGAAUUCCACAAUGUUUAUACAGAUAAUAUGCUUACCAUGUAAAUAUUUGGUUACAACUAUAUAUGAACAAAUCUUAUUAUGCUGGUGUCAUAUAGUUUACUAAUUCCGUUAUUGCAGUUUUAUUUAUAUAUUAUAUACAGAAUAAAUAUGAGUAAAUAUAGCAAAGUUCUAAGUUGAUACAUUGGUUUUGAUGUUAUAAUCACUAUCAUUUUGAUUUCAGAUAUUGGUUUUUUCACUUUCCUUUAUCAGUAUUAUUGACAACUUCUAAAAGUGAAAGAGUAAGGUCUUGUAUUGAUAGGGUAUGAUAUGUCAUUAUUAUUAUUAUACCAAGGUGUUGUACAAGAAUAAUUAAUUUUUUUAAAUUUUUAAUCUGCUUGAGAAUAUAAAUGUAUUUUUCAUUUUGGCUUUUCUUAAAAUUACAGCACUGAGGGUUGGAGGGGACUCUUAGUUGACCCUGACGUAUCAUGUGUAAUAUACUAAUUGGUUGUUAAUGAUGUUCUUCUACCUCACACAAAAAAAACUCAAUGUUUUGUUAAAGAUCAACACAGAAUCCUCCAAUUCCCCCCAAGAUCAACCAGAACCAGAGUUUGUUAUUACAAGGAUUUUGGAAUAGCCGUUAUGAUGUAUAUCCGCAUUAGACUUAAAUGUAAAUAUUUUUAACAUGUAGUUCAUUGAAGUUUUACAGUUGGAUAAAAGUAGAUUUACUGCAUAAUGAUAUCUGUGCUUACGAGUAAAUUUAUUGUGAUUGUAUUGAAAUACGUUUAUCAUCUGUCUUGGUAUUGUUGUUUCCUUGUGUUAUUAAACAUAUGUGAUAUUA